AUUUUUUGUCCCUUUUCAGCUCGACUACCUUACUCUGCAUCUGCCUGUCUCACUCACCGGCGUUUCUGCUCAGGUAACUCACUCUUUCUUUGUCUUUUCGGUUAUUUAAUUACUAUUUUCUACCUCAUCCUUGUUUCGAUUCUUGCUUUAUUUCAACGAUCACUCAAGUCUGCAUGUUAUAUAUCUUCAUGUAUAAUAUUCAUGUAAAUAUGACUAUGUGUGCGUAUAAUAUAUUUAUAGAGUAUCUGUUCUAAGAAAUUCUCGGAUGAGCCAGGAGAAUGAGUCAGGGUCGAACCCAAGACAUGAGACGACAGAGGAUAAACUCUUAACCACUUGAGCUAGCCAACAGUGGCCAGUGCUCAUAUAUUUAUAGGUUAGGGUGGCGAUUUAUGAAGGACAAUGUUGGUGAGAGAACAAUUAUUCUGAAUACAAUCAAUACUAUCAGAAAGAGGAAAAUUCAUUUAAACAAUGCUGUAUUGCUGUGAGUUCCAUCUUCCAUGAUAAUGACUUUUCUUUUCAAAAGAGGAAAACAGUUUUGAAAUUGAACAUUUUCUUCACCAUUCUUUUUUUUUUUUUUAUGAUAGUGGAAUAACUACACGCUCUUUAAAAUAUUUUUCCAAAAAAUAAUUUUCCGACAACUAUUUUUCUGAGUUGUUAUUUUCCAAAAUCAAGUUAUUUCUGGCUUACAAACUAGAGGCCAAGUCUUUAAUGUAUUACAACUAUUACGUGGAUCAAACUUCAUAACCGGUAUACAUGAGCUACGUAAAUACUACUUUGUUUUGGCAAUAAGUGCAGAACAAAUGUAUGUAUACUACUAUUAAUGGCCUCUUGGUCCACUAGUAUGCUCUAUUUAGGAAUAUCGAGAGUUCGAAUCUUGUCAAAGAUAAGACGGGCGUGUGAGUUUGUGUUUGAUUAUAAUAGAUUGGAAUUUGAUGUCUGAGGGCCACUCGUUUUCUGCAUCUGUCUACCCUCUUUUCUGUGCAGAGUUGACUAUUACAAGUUAUUUUACAGCUCUUAUCAUCUACUACUUGUUAUGCUUGAAACUUGUUUCAGAUCUUUAUAUCUCAAAUACUUGAAUCUGUUGUGUGAAGUAAACUACACCUUACAAACCAGGGACUUAUCCGAGAGUCAAUAUAAUUAGCCCAACAGGAAUGGCUUCGUACCCUUUAACUUCAACUCCUACACAAUGGGAUGUUUUUCUAAGUUUCAGAGGGAUUGAUACACGACAUACAUUUACUGAUCAUCUAUACACCGCCCUGCAUCGCACUGGAAUACGAACAUUUAGAGAUAAUCCUGAGUUAUGUAGCGGAGAAGUAAUCUCAGAUACAUUGCUACAAGUUAUUCAAGAAUCUAAGACUUACAUUGUCGUCUUCUCAAAAAAUUAUGCUUCUUCGCCUUGGUGCCUCGACGAGCUUGUAGAAAUUUUAAAUUGUUACAAAACUAUGCAAAGGCUGGUUAUUCCUGUGUUUUACAACAUCCAUCCUUCAGUUGUGGGACAUCAAGGAGUUUUGAAGAAGCUUUUAAAAAGCAUCACACUCGUUUCAGUACAGAUACAUUAGAUAAGUGGCGCAAUGCACUGACAAUGGUUGGGAAGCUUUCGGGCAAAGUCUGUAUGAAUAUGUCGGAAGCUGAUAUUGUUAAUGAAAUUGUUGAUGACAUUUUACUCAAAAUAAAUCCCAACAUUUUAGAUGUUGCCAAAUAUCCAGUUGGGUUAGAUUCUCGUGUUAAAGUUAUAACAUCUAUGUUGAGCAGUGGCACACAAGGUGUGACUAAGAUUGGUAUAUAUGGAAUGGGUGGCGUAGGCAAAACAACUCUUGCUAAAGCACUCUAUAAUCAACUGUUGCAAGGAAACUUUCAAGGCUUCUCCUUCCUAGCAAACGUUAGGGAGACCUCUGGAACAACAAUAGGCAUAACAUCUUUACAACAACAGCUUAUUAAUGAUGUACUUAAAAGUAAGACGAUUGUGCAGGUUCACAAUGUUGACCAAGGAACUUCAAUCAUAAGAGCUAGAAUUUCUUUGAUUAAAGUGCUGGUUGUUAUUGAUGAUUUAGAACACCAUAAACAAUAUGAAUCUUUGGUGGAACCAUUUGAUUCAGGAAGUUUGGUCAUUAUAACUACGAGGCAUGAGGAGUUACUGGACUCAGUUGAAGUGGAACCCAGAUAUCGUUUCAUGGUAAAUGAGUUGGAUAAUGCUGAGUCACUCACACUUUUCACCCGACAUGCAUUUAGAAAUACUAAACCAAACAAAACUUUGAUGGUGUUGACUAAAGAGAUUCUACGUCAUGCUGGCGGGCUUCCACUGGCUCUUGAGGUUUUUGGAUCAUAUCUGUAUAAGCGGCCCGAGAUAGGGUGGCAAUAUUUCGUGGAAAAACUGCGGCAGCGAAUCACGAAUAGCACUAUUCAGCAAAGACUUGUAAUUAGUUUAGAUGCUCUAGAAUCCGAUGAUCCUAUGUUAAAGAAAAUGUUCCUUGACAUUGCUUGUUUCUUCAUUGGAAGGAUAAAAGAAGAUGUGGUUAAUAUAAUGGAAACUUAUUAUCUUUAUGCAGAUCAUAAUAUUGAUAUUCUAAGGAAAAGGUCUUUACUAACUAUCAAUAGCAAAAAUCAAAUAGGUAUGCAUGAUCUGCUUCGGGAUAUUGGAAGGGAAGUUUCUUGUAACAACUCUCCUGAUGAGCCCGGAAAACAUAGUAGAUUGUGGGCAUCGAAAGAUGUAUUCAACGUGUUGAAGAAUCACAAGGGAACAGAAGCAAUUGAAGGUAUCAUCUAUAACUUCGAUUGCAUGGAUACAUUCAGUAACCUAUCAUUUGCUACAGAAGCAUUCAAAAGGAUGAGUAAGUUGAGAUUUCUUCACCUGUCAUAUUUAAAUAUCACUGGAAGCUUUGAACAAAAACUCGAAGAUUUGAGGUGGCUCCAGUGGUAUUGGUGUCCUUUGAAGUACUUCCCAUCCGAAUUUCACCCGCAGAAACUGGUUGUUCUUGAGUUGCAUGGAAGCACAAUGACAGAAAUGUGUCUACUAAAGGUUUUUGAAAAACUCUAAACAUGGCAUACUCUUCAAAGUUGACUACAACUCCAGACUUUACUAAAUUGCCGCAUCUUGAAACUUUAGUUUUUGAGGGCUGUCAAAGUUUGGUGACAGUCGACAUAUCAAUUGGAAGUUUGGCGAG